AUGACAACUAAUCCCCAGAUCACUCAUCUUCCCCCCCUCUCCGACAUCAUCCGCGAGCAUCCCAUCGGGAACGGCCUUGAUGCCUUUCGCUCCUCGUUCGAGUCGAGAUGCCGAGGCCUCGGGAUCUCGCGCGCGGCAGACGCGCUUGAUCACAUUGACGAAAAAGAACUCCAGAACCUAGCUCUCGGUCUUUUAUCGGCGCUUCAGCUUACUCCUGCCUCUCAUUUUCUCCCCUCUAGGCUAGGGGGAAAACCUAUCUUCAGCGAUCUGCUGAGCCUCAAUUCCGCCAUUUUGUCCAAUGAUUUCAACCUCACCCGCAUUAAGCCUCUCCUAAGAGCCGCCCUCGCCGACGACGCAGAUGAUACCCUCAUCUGGAAUCACGUUCACAAAGCCGCUGCCGAAUCUACCCCGCCUCCCCAGUCGAUCGUAUCUUCAUUCCAGACGCCGUGGCUUCACAAUACGGGCAGCUUCGCUAAUUCGUCCGAAUACCGUCGAGAUAUAGACAGGGUCCUCAAGUUGGAGCUCGGUCUUCUCUAUCCGGGCGGCAGCUCCGUGGAGUUCGAGGACGUACUCUUCUACAUCUGCCUACCCGACUUGGACAACUUCAAGGAAUAUGUGCAUAAUGAAAUGUGGAGGUUAUUCCGAUGGCUGAAGAGCCGAAAUAUCGGGUUUAUCAAGAGCCUAGACAUCCCAGAUAGCACAACUAACCCCAUGUGCGACGCCCUGCUGGAGGAAGCUGUCUUCGAUAAGUUCGAGAUGGGUAAGCUAAACUGGCGGAAGCUCGACAUCAACCUCGACAUCUUGACAAGAUGUCAACACGCAGCGACGCUCAUUGAGAUCACUCUCUACUCUAGUGGCAAUUGGAGUCUCCAGAAAGUAACUAUCGCCAUCGUCUGGCUUCACCCCGCAUACGAUGAGAAAUUGCAGCAGCGCCAUAGGUCCCUCUCGGAGGCAUACGCGGAGAGGUUAUAUAAGGCUUCCGAGAACCUUCCUGGAUACGACUUCAAAGUAACUAUAAGGCGGAGAAUGGGCUUUCUCGAUAGUCUGAAGCUCUACGAUCAUCUUACCCAUUGUCACAGCUUCCUUGAGAAGCUCAGGAACCCGGACACGGAGAAGAAUAACACGCUCGAGCAUGUUAAGAAUAGGUUCAUCGAACUCAGCUCGCACACGCUGAGCGGUACGCCCGACAAAAGGAUCAAGGUUGCCGUAAUUGAUCACGGGGCGGAUAGAAUCAGAUCAUCGGUGAACAGUAAAAUCGCUAAGGGCAUCUCCUUUGUUACGGGCGGCGCCGAGAAUGGUGAUAGGAUCCUGCCGUGGUGGAUGGCUGCGGAUCCGCACGGGACACAGAUGGCGUCGCUGAUCUCGAGGGCGAACCCUUUCUGUCGAUUAUACAUAGCCCGCGUCGGGAAGGGUCGUAGAGGCAUCUACCAGGGGACGGUGACCGUGGCUGCUACGGACCGGUACAGGCAUCGCCGGCCUAUGUCGGCGAGCGGUGUGAAGGUUCUCGUGCCCGGCGAUAACGUGCUCGCCGAUGGGCCUUUGUACAUGGAGAAGUACGCCAGCGGGGCGGUGUCGGGCUCGUCGGUGGGGAUAGCAUUCACGGCGGGGAUCGCCUCGAUGGUACUCGCCUUUAACGUCAAGAACGAGAAAGACUUUCGAGACUCUUAUACGCAGGGGGGGAUCAUGCGCGUCUUCGAUAAGAUAUAG